AUGACAGCAACCGCAACAACCCCAGAAGUCCCCACCCCUCUCUCAGAAGGCUUAGCGGGCGAGACUACUUCCUCUGAAAGAGCACUUCCCCUUUCGCCCCCGCCUGCAGCUGGAGCGGCCCCUCAAGGGUCUCCACGAACCCCUUUAGGCGUCUCCCGCCGGAGCAGAAUGUCGGCCGGAAAAUCCCUCCAAGCAACAAAGAAGCAGAAGAAAGAAGACGUGCCCCCUCUUUCUUCUACUUCUACUUGUGAUGCCUGUAACAGGCUUCAUGCACAGCGGAGGGAUUCCACACUAGCUGGCACCUCCCAUGACAAGGAGAAGUCUGGUGACGAGACGGAGGGGCAAGAAAAACCUCGUACAGCAGCCUCGCUACCAGCAGCAGCAGACAACGAAUCCACGCCUUUAGAAGAGCUUGCAUCCGCCGCGUCUCUGCUCCCUACAGGGCUGGUUCAAGACGCACCGAAGGAAGCUGCCGUGGAGAAAGCGGGAGAAGCACACCCAAGGCCGCAACGCAGAUGUAGUGAUUUUAUCCGAGGAAGAGCAGUAGUAGGCCCUCCUCGAAGCGCUUACGGUACUUGGGUCAGUGAAGUAAUGCUGCAGCAAACGCAAGUACAUACAGCAAUUCGCUACUGGAAAACCUGGAUGGCUCGAUGGCCCUCCAUCUCGUCUCUUGCCCAAGCUUCUGUCGACGAAAUCUACCAAGUUUGGAGAGGCCUCGGUUACUACAGGAGGCAAAGGCGUGCUGCUUCUAGAGGGAGCGAAAUAUUUGCAGGAGAAUCAUGGGGGAGAGGUAUGCCGAAACGCGUUGCUGCAGCAGGUGCUGCUGUUACUACUGCCGGAGUACCAGGAAUCGGCUCAUACACCGCAGGAGCGAUUGCUUCCCUCGCCUUUGGAAUCAGAGCCCCUGCGGUGGAUGGCAACGUCACGCGAGUCUUCUGCAGGGUCCUAGGCCUGGCGGCUCCCUCGGACUCGCAAGAGCCCGGAGUUUGGAAUGAAGCUGCAAUUGAGCUGGGGGCCACCAUCUGCCUCCCCCGUUCUCCGGCUUGCUCCGCCUGCCCUGGCUACCACCCCACCCCACUCACUGAAUAUGGACUCGUUGCAAGUCUGUGGAGGCCUUCGCUUACUGCGCAUUCGCAGCAGGCGACAGGCGCAUAUACAUACUCUAGUGGGGCUGCUGCUGUAGCAAUCGCUGCUGUCGAUGCCACACAUUUCUGCGCGCCUGAAUGCUCGCUACAUUGCAAACACUGA